GCAAUAUUUAGAAAUUUGGCUCAUGCUGAGUUUCGGUCUUUUCGUUUCCCACUGUUCAGAAAAUUCUGAGGUCAGAGAUCUGAAUGCAGUCGAACUUCAAGAUGUUUUAAACACUAAUAUUUCUUCAACGUUUUAUCACACUAUCGAAACAAGCUAUUGGAAAGCUGCACGACUUUCCAGGGGAUGGAUUUCAAUAUUUAGUUCAUUUUUUGCAUUUAAUGAUCCAUUUGCAAAAAAUGCACAUCAAUUUCUAAUUCAAUCUAAUACAGGAUGCAACAUCCUUUUCUGCUCAGGCCAAAUACGCUCAUCAAGCGAUAUAACUCUUGCAAAACACUUUGACUCUGAGAAUAUCAGUAUUGGUCAGGUUCUACUAGAUGCAUUUUCUAAGGAAAAGAACGUAAAUGCUGUUGUUAAUUUAAUCAAUUCUUUGAUUGGUUCUUUUGUACUUAUAUUUGUUAGCGUUGAAUCACACAGGGUUUAUUUCACUCGAGAUCCAUUCGGUCGUCAUUCUCUUGUUGCCAGAAAGUUUUCAGGACUACCUAGUGAAUUAUUUUGUAUCGAUUCAGUUUCAAGUAUUGUUAUUCCAAGCCAGUCUUCUUUUCCGGAAAUUAGUUUGGAUUCCCUUGAAAAAGAUGCAAAGGAUUGGUUUGAAAUACCUGCUUGUGGAAUAUUUGUAUCGAAAAUCGUCUGUGACAAUAGGAAUGUUUUUCUCUCAGAUAUUAAUCUAUAUCCUUGGUCUGAACAACAUUUACUUCUGUGCCCUUCAAAUAUCCCAUUUAAAGUUAAUAGAGUUUUGAAUGUAAAUCAAACUCAUUGUAAUAGCCUUUCUACAAAUAUGUGUAUACCCACAACUUUAAAAGAAGUACAACAAAAGUUUUUGGAUUUAUUAUCUGCUGUUAUACACGAUUCAGUUAACUUUGACUUGCUAUAUUAUACAAAUUACUCUUUCAAUGUAUCUGAUGUAUUGGACGAUAAUCGGUCAGGUUCUUUAUUCGGUUUACUGUUUAGUGGCGGUCUAGACUCAUCUGUUAUCGCAGCAUUACUUGACAGAUUUGUUCCUGAUGACCAGUCCAUCGAUCUGAUUAAUGUCGCUUUCCAAAGGAGAUGUACUGGUGUUUCUGUUAACAAUAGUGAUUGCUUGGACAAAGACUGUCUAAUUUCCGCCGAGGAGGCCCCUGACAGACAAACUGCCCUGAAAAGUUAUGAAGAGUUGUGCGAAUUAUCUGCCCGACGUAAAUGGAAUUUGAUAAAAAUUAAUGUAAAUGUCAGUGAGAUUUCAGAGGCCAGAGUUAAACAUGUAUGGCCAUUACUGCUUCCAGAACAUACAACUGUUUUAGAUGAUAGUCUAGGUUUAGCUCUUUGGUUUGCAGCCCGUGGAAAAGGUGUUUUACACAGUUCAAGUGAAUUCGAAGAGAAAUGCACUUCGUCAGCAAAGUUUCUGUUCCUCGGUUCUGGUAUAGAUGAACAAUUAGCUGGUUAUGCUCGUCAUCUAACAACAUAUAAGAAAUUCGGCCCAGAGGCACUACAAAACGAACUUUUAAAGGAAAUACUUUUUAUAUCUAAUCGUAACUUAGGAAGAGAUGAUCGAAUAAUUUCCGCUCAUGGACGAAUGCCGCGUUUACCUUAUCUUGACGAAAGAAUUGUGAAUUUUUUAGCUAAAAUUCCUUUGGAAUUUAAAAUUUAUUGGGAAAAGUCAAGAAAAAUUAACCCAAGGAAAUUGAAUAUACGCAUACAAAUGUUCAGAGAAAUUUGCAAAAUACAACAAACGUUACGCGUACUCAAAGUACAAAUGAUCAGUAAAAAUAAACAAUGUAUUUGAUUAAGUGGGCAAAAGUUCGGAUGUACAAAACAAGAAUAAUAAUAUAACCAAUUAAUAAAUCCAGAUCUGCCUAAAGGUCAAGGAGAGAAAUUUUUGUUACGUCAAGUUGCUUCAAUGUUGAAUUUGAAUUAUGCAUCUAAACAACCGAAACGUGCAAUGCAAUUCGGCAGUCGUGUGGCUAAAGCUGAAGGAUCUAAACGUUUGAUUGGAUCAGCUGACCAAAUAAAGUUUGCAUAUCAGUCUGAAUCACAAAAGUAGUUAUUACCAUCUAAUAAACUUUGUAUUAUGCAAUAGUACAAUUAUCCUUAUUUUAUUACCCUGAUACAUAAAUACAUUACUUUUUAUAAAUAAAAAUACAAUAAUUGAUAAAGUUCGAUUAUUUUCGUAUUUCCGGAAAUAAAAUCAGCGAUUAUCUAUUGAUAA